AUGGUUAACAAGUUCGUUUGCUGUCUAUUGCUGUUGAUCGCAGCAACAAGUACCAAUGCUGCUAGCACCACCACCAACAGUAGCGCACACUCAUACCUCGUUUCAAUACUGGGUGAAUAUGGAUACCCCAUUUGCGCUGGUGUUUUGGUUAAAAAGAAUAUUGUCGUUACUGCCGCAAGUUGUUUAAAAUUCUACAAUCCUGAUAAAUUGGUUGUAGUUGUAAAAAAUGGCACUCAGAUCAUACAAAUUGCUGCAUACACCUUUAAUCGUAAUUUCGACUUCUUCACCAUGGAGUCUGAUGUGGCUGUCAUAAAACUAGCAGAAUCCGUAGAUGCACAGUACAUAACAUUAGCUAGCAAACAACGGCCUACUGGUGCUAGUGGCGUACUCAUCGGUUGGUAUUCAUCUAACUAUGCGGUUGAGGUUGAUGAAACUAUCAUAAGCGCUGAGGACUGCGUUUCUGGAAAAUACAACUUCAAAAACGGUGAUCUGUUUGAUACAAUGCUGUGUGGUCUUGCUCAACCCGGUGCUUGCGGUUUUCUUCCUGGAAGCCCCUUGCUGUCUCACAAUCAUUUGGUUGGUUUGGCUUCCUGGGGUAAUGGUUGUGGCAAUAAAGGAUUUCCAGCUGUUUAUACAGACAUUGCAUCCUUCAUUUCAUGGAUUAAAAGCACUGAAAAGAGUUUGUGA